GUCCUCUGCCGCUGGAUCGCUGAUGAUGCCGAGCGGAGCGGGGCGCUUGUACAUUUCUAUGCGCGGCUACAACCGCAGUUCCCCAGAUUGAAGCCGAAUGAGACGCGAGAGGAGGCUGAAAUAUGAAGAUGGAUCAUCCGAGCCGCCUCUCAUCGCUCGGACAGCUGUAACGUCGGCGUGGAUUCAUCAAAGGGUCGACGUUUAGGGCUUCACUGUGUUUGACAUUCAGCCAGAAACAGAGCUGUGUUAUGAACAAGCUGCCGUCUGAACAGUAAGCAUUGCACGCUCUGCUGUUUGAUGUGCCACAGGAUGAUCGAGGAAGGCAGUAAACGAGGCAAGGCCAUGGUGGAGAAGAGGCAGCUCUUCAUGGAAAUGAGAGCUCAAAACUUCGACGUCAUCCGACUGUCGACUUACAGGACCGCAUGCAAACUCCGCUUUGUGCAAAAGAGAUGCAACCUUCAUCUGGUGGAUGUCUGGAACAUGAUCGAAGCCUUUCGUGACAACGGGCUCAACACGUUGGACCACAACGCUGAGAUCAAUGUGUCGCGGCUGGAGACGAUCCUGUCUUCCAUCUACUACCAGCUCAACAAGCGGCUGCCCACCACCCACCAGAUCAACGUGGAGCAGUCCAUCGGGCUGCUGCUCAACUUCAUGGUGGCCACCUACGACAGUGAAAGCCACGGGAAGCUGACCGUUUUCUCAAUGAAAGCCAUGCUGUCAACAAUGUGUGGAGGGAAAAUUGUGGACAAACUUCGCUAUAUCUUCUCACAGAUCUCGGACUCGAAUGGAGUCAUGAUGUUUGCAAAGUUUGAUCAGUUUCUCCGGGAGGUGCUGAAACUCCCCACAGCCGUGUUCGAGGGUCCUUCUUUUGGUUAUACUGAGCAUUCGGUGCGGACGUGCUUCCCUCAGCAGAAGAAGAUUAUGCUGAACACGUUUUUGGAUGUGUUGAUGGCAGACCCUCCCCCUCAAUGCCUCGUAUGGCUACCGCUCAUGCACCGACUUGCUAAUGUUGAAAAUGUCUUCCAUCCGGUGGAAUGUUCCUAUUGCCGGAGCGAGAGCAUGAUGGGUUUCCGGUAUCGGUGCCAACAGUGCCACGGCUACCAGCUCUGCCAGAGCUGCUUCUGGCGCGGCCAUGCCAAUGGUCCCCAUAGCAACCAGCACCAGAUGAAGGAGCACUCAUCCUGGAAGUCUCCGGCCAAGAAGCUGAGCCACGCCAUCAGUAAAUCUCUCGGCUGCGUCCCCAUCGGAGAGCCGCCGCACCCCGUGUUCCCCGAGCAGGCCGAGAGACCACCGGAGCUCACCCACACUGUUCAGCCGAAACCAGCGGCCGACAACAUGAACGACACAAUGCUCAUGUCCUCUGGGGCGCCUACUCCUACCAAAAGUGUCUUGGAGAGUCCCAGCCGGCUAGAUGAAGAGCACCGCCUCAUCGCUCGCUACGCUGCCCGCCUGGCAGCCGAGGCGGGAAACUCCACACAACAAUGUCCUCCAACAGAUCUGGGCUUCAACUUCGAUGCCAACAAGCAACAGAGACAGCUGAUUGCAGAGCUGGAGAACAAAAACAGGGAGAUCCUGCAGGAGAUCCAGCGGCUGCGUUUGGAGCACGAGCAGGCCUCUCAGCCGACCCCAGAAAAAGCUCAGCAGAACCCGACACUUCUGACUGAACUGCGGCUCCUCAGACACAGGAAGGACGAGCUGGAGAGGCGCAUGUCGGCCCUGCAGGAGAGCAGACGGGAGCUGAUGGUGCAGCUGGAGGGACUCAUGAGGCUGCUAAAGGAUGAGGAGCAGAAGCAGGCUUCCCAGUCCGGAGGCUCUCCUCAUUCCUCCCCCAGUCACGGGGCGGGCUGCUCCAUGCCCAUGCCCAUACGCUCCACCUCUGCUGGGUCCACCCCGACUCACACCCCACAGGACUGCCUGGCAGGGGUGGGAGGGGACGUGCUCGAGGCCUUUGCUCACGGUGUACCUAGAAAUCUUCGGAACGAUCUAUUGGUUGCCGCUGACUCGAUCACAAACACAAUGUCGUCACUGGUGAAAGAGCUCCACUCAGUGGAUGACGUGGGAGUGGAAGAGGAGACAAACAUGAGGAACGGUGGGGACAGAGGAACAUUGAGAGUACAGAAGCACUGAGGAGAAGCGACCACUAUUCCACCCUGUAAGGACAACAACAACAACAACAACAACAACAACAACAACAACAAGCCCUGGCAUUAGCACGUAGAGUAAUGCAUGCUGUAAUCUAACAGGAUUUCACUAUGUGAAAAAAAAAAAUGAACGUCUCUUUACACCUUGCAGGUAGCAAGAUGUGUCUAAUUAGCGAGUGUGUAUGUUGUCCUGUAAACAAAAACUGCUGUAAUUAAUUAAUGAUUUCUCUCAUGACUGCUAAGGAAUGGCUUGCUGUGCUUUCUCCCCCAACUGUUCCAUCGCAGCAGCUCAUUCUGUACAUAAGAUACUGGAAACACAUGACCACGGGAACACAUGACGGUGACAACAUGUUCCCUGUUAUUGAUUUUCUAUGAUUAGCGUUAGUAUUUAUUUUUAUUUUGUUAAAUCAUUUAUGCAUGAAAUUGCACUCAUGUCUGGGUGUAGGUACUGUACAUGCUAUGGCAGCUCUCUGUGGGGUUUUUGAUGACAGCUGGGGUGUCAGAAAUGUCUCGCCUCAGAAUUCAGGCUGAGUUUGUUUACUUGCACAUCCGUACUCUGACGUUUAUUAAAAAAAAGUUUGAAAAAGCAGAGUUCUGGAUAUGCCCCAGAGAGAUUUCGGGAAAUGCACUUAUUCACGAGAUCGAUAUCACAUCGAAUAUGAAGCUAGAGCCAGGAAGAUGGUUAGCUUAGCAUGAAUACUGGAAGUAGUCGGAGACGGCCAGCCUGGCUCUGGGGAAAUGUAGUUCCGUCAUCAUUAAGGUGACUCCAGGAAGUCACUGCGCUCGGCUCGUUUGCUUUCUUACCAAGAGGAAGAAGAUAUCUUUAUGCUAAAUAUGAAGCUUCCACCAGCAACCAUUUCGCUUAGCUUAGCAUAAAGACUGGACACAGGAGAAACAGCUAAUCCACCUACCAGCACCUCUAAAGCUCACUAAUCAACAUGUUAUAAUCUGCAAAGUUUUAGUCUACAUGCUGGACUACUUCUUGGACGAGCAGUGACUUCCUUUAGUCUUUACAGUUUAAGUAAAUUGAAGUUUUUACAGAUUAAACAGAUGAGAUAUAGCCAGGCUAGCUCUUUCUCCCUGUUUCCAGUCUUUAUGCUAAGCUAACUGGCUAUAAUUUCAUAUAUACUUACAGCCAUAAGAGUGGUAUUGAUAAUCUCUAACACUAAAUACACUGAACUGUAACUUGUAUCAUAAAGAACAACAUGAGCAGAUUAUAUGAUAAUCUCAGACCAUAACCAGGAUUAAAGCUGGUGUCCAGAAUACUGCGUGCAAGUAAACACACUCGCUGAGUCACAUACUGUACUGCUGCUACUGCGCUCUGUGAGCCACCCUUGCAAACAAAAGGGCUGUGCGAUUAAAAAAAGAAAACCGAGGGGCGACUACAAACACAAUAAUGAGCCAUGUCUCGUUGUUGACUGUCUGGCAGCCUCAGUAUUCAUCGUUUCACGUGUAGGGAAGCACCUCAGGAUGUUUCACUAGCAAUGAACGAGGCAUCGAGUUUUAAUGGUGAGUUAUACGGUAUGUGGGGAUGUAAGGUCGUAGUAAGUAUGAAAUGCUUUGAUAGCUUUAUUUAGUUAUAAAGGGAGUAUUGAAAAAUGUUUAUGUGCAAUGAAGGUCGGUGCUCAGGGACUGCAGAGCUACUCUAGUAUGAAAUACGGAGGUAAUAACUGAGAGGUUAAAGGUCAAUGAAGAUUAAAAAUGGAGGGUAACACUGUUAUUCACACAUAUCCCCGCCCUAGUGUUUAGUUGAAAUGUCAAAACGAGUUAAUUUUACUCUCAUUUCACCAGUUAAUUUGUCUCAUUUUGGAAUAAACUAAAUAUAAAGAGGGAAACAACAGCAAGUGAGCGAAGAGAAGGUUUUCUGAAGUGUUAUUUGGUGAAGCAUGUGUGUCGGAGAGUUUGUUUUGAUCAGGUCUAAGUUACAUUUCCUGUCCUUCAGGAUAGCGUUUAAAAAAUGAGCAAUGUGUCAUUUUUAGAUAAAAGUCAAGGGAGCAGUUCUGGGAUGAUAUGUUCUCAAAAGGGAAGUCAAAUGUGACUGAAUGAAACUGAAAAGCAUGAGGUGUUUGUGUUGAGAUGCGUACAGUGAGCCGAUCCUAUAAGCUAAGUAUAAGGUUUCAACAGCCUGCGUCAAGAAAAAGAACAAAAAGAGGCUCCUCUGUUAUUUUAAAUGUGAUGUUUUUAACUCAGUUCUCUGUUCUUCUCUGUUCUUAUUGUUUCGUAUUAGUGGAGUAUAGUUCAUGUACUGAGUUUGACGUGCACACUCACGCUUGUGUCGUCGCCCCGAAUAUCAAGAAAGUAUAAAAACUAAAGUUCGAAAGCUUGAUUUAGUGGGAAAGGUGCAGAAACGUUAGGAUUUAAGGAGUUACUGUCUUCCCCUUCAUUUGAAUUCAAAGUUUUAUUUCCAUUCUUUCAGUUUGUGCCUGUAGCUGUUCUGUAAAGUGCUGUAUAAAGUAACCAUUCAGCAAAUAAGAGGAUCUAUCAGCCUUUAUGUCUGUGACUUUGUAGAUAUUUUAUUUAUUUAUUCAAUGUGUUCUGGGGGAAACUCAUGCUCAGCCUUUACAUUUGUGCCAAACUGUUUGCAGACAUUGUGUGUCAUACGAAUUCACAGGUAUAUAUCAAAGUAUAUCUGCAUUAGUCUGUCGUCGUGGCCCGUAGUGUAUUCACAGAAUGCCUGGAGAUGUUCACGUUAAUGGUUUCCGCUGCUGGAAAAACAUUUAAUAGUUAAUAAAGCAACACAUUCCAAAUCUACCGAUAGACGCACUGAUGUCAUUAAAGCCAAUGUGGAGGCAAUACUGUAACCCCCCCCCCCGUCCCCUCGGAACAACUCGGGGUAACACCAAUAAAACACAGCCGGUCAUGCCGAGGUGCAGACAUCGUGAUCUGUUAUUGUUUGCAGAGAGACAAUGUGCAAAGAGGAACAACCUCCCCGAUGUUAUUUAUCUAUGUGUGUGUUCUGUACGUUUACGCUUCUGGUACACAUUUGUUUCUCAUGUUGAUUUUACAAAACAUAGUUUUAUGUCACAAAGCCACUGUCUUUUGUAAAUAAAUCAAAUGUGAGAUAUAUUAAAAAAAAGAUUUAAAAUAUG